GUCCAAAACACAGACCAGGAGUUUCGAGUUCGCCUGGACCUUGGUAAAACAUUCACACCUGAUGACGUGAAGAUAACUACUACUGACAAGCAGUUAUGUAUCCGCGCCAAACAUGAGGAGAGGCCAGAGAAAAAUUGCACUGUGUGUCGAGAAAUGACUCGCAUAUACACUUUGCCACCGGAUGUUGAUCCAAAGGAAGUGACCUCUACAAUGAACAAAGAAGGUGUGUUGUUCCUCAAAGCAGCCAAGAAAUCACUGGAGACCAAAGAAGUCCCAAUCGCUGUGGAAUACAAGGGCUGA